AUGACGACCGUUGUGGAUAUUUUUGGGUCUUCAAAUAAUAAUUCCACUGUUUCAACAAAUGAGGUUUGCCAGUUUUCACUUAUUUCGUGCUCACCUAAUUGUGAUGAAGAUCAUUUAUGCAAUAAAAAUGGCUUAUUUAUAUCUGAAUCCGUUCACGAUGAAUCGUUUCAAAGAUCACCAUCGUCUUUCAAGACACCAAGUAAAGAAGUUUCUUCUCCUGGAUCAUUUGAACUUCCAUCAAUGCCGAGUGAUAAAAGUAGCUCUCGUGAUUGUUCAGAUGGACAUUGUUCAGUAAACUUUUUAAUCUCUUCAGAUUUAACUGAUACUGAUCAUUCAAACAGUGCAUGCUCUCUCUCUCCAUGUCCUCAACCUGUUGGACAUUGUUCAAAUGCUAAUGAUGAAUGUUCUAUCUUGUAUUCAGAUCGAAUGCUAGAAAGUGCCUUCUACAGGUCUGUACGUACAGACAUCGGUCUUGAUAACCGCGCCAAUUCACAUACAUUUCACCCGUGUUUCACAGAUACUCAAGUGUCACAAUAUACAUCGUCUAAAACUUCAUAUUCAUGUAACAAAACUUCUGCAUUUACGUCUUUUGGUUUCAACAAUUUGGAUAGUGCUCAUUCCUUUCAAUAUAAAAAUUACAAUAAGUCUGGUGGAUCUGAUUUUCAGCACCUGUGUGAAACUUGUAUUUCCUCCGACAAAAUAACUACGUCAAACAACUCACCUUUAAAAGUUUGUUUUUCUGAAGCUGACCAUGGCUUUACUAAAGUCAUUGCAUGCUCUGCUAUCCUUGAUCACUCAAAUACUUAUCCAACCACCUCUACAAAUUGCAUAAGAACAUCUAACUCUGUAGUAUGCUUUGAAUCUCAGGAUUUAAACAGUAUUUACCAAAGUUCGCAAAAUGUGUAUAAUCAUCUUCAACGUCGAAAAACUGCAUGUGUCUCUGACGCUUCUGUGCCUUCCAGUGAUGGAUGUGAAUUCGUAUAUGACAGAACAGAAUUCCAAUGCUCAAAGGUAAAAAAUAUCACUGUACCAUCAGUUUAUCUACUAAAAGAAGUCGAUCCAUCCAUGUCUGGAAUUAAACACAAUAUUGUAAGAGACAAGUAUGCUAAUGAUGAUACGUGUGACCGAGAUCCAAUAAUUAUGGGGUCAGGAAAAAUAUCAACCACUUCCUCCAUGGGAAAACGAUCUUUGAAUGUUUACUCCAGUUCUACUGAUUUGGCGAAUUCUAUUCAUCAUAUUGAACCAAAACAGUUAUCACCGAACUAUAACUAUUAUUUACACAAAACUCCAGUAACUUCUAUAGCUUAUUCUACAAAUGAUCGUAAUAAGAAUCCAGUAUUACUUCAAGAAUCAAUCAAAAAUACUGAUAGGAAGAUCUCACCACAAAAUGUGGACCUGAGACAUCAUUGUAAAAGUAAUGCAACAAAUUCAGCAACUAAAAGUAAUUGUUUUCCAGUGGUUGAAUGUCGAAAUUCUUUUGGGUCGAAAUGUAAGCGGAAGGGUUCAAAAGUGCUUGAGCGUGGUGGUAAGCGUCAUAGAUCAUUAGAUGAUAAAAUCCAUGAAAAUGUUUCAAAUAACUCUCCUGCAGAUGCAUUAAUGGGUCCUGUUUUUUUAAAAAAUGUCAAUCGUUUUCUGCAAGAUCCUCCACUCCAUCAUUCAUUUGACUUAUAUCCACCGAUUCCUUCGCCAAAGUUUCCUCAAAACAGUUUUUCGGGGAACUACAAUAAUGAUGUAAAUAUACGGGGCCGGAAGUACUUUCGUUUUCCUUUGUCUUUAUGUAAACCUGAAAAUAGACCUAUUCCGGAUGACAUUAUUUUGCAAUUCUUAGCUCAACGUCCUGAUACCAAAGAAAAAAUGAAUAAAUUAAACCAUGAAAAUUUUUUAUCAGAUGCAUAUAAACGCACUCUUAGUCGAAACUCCUAUUCUAAUUACAUUUCUCCUUCUCCUGUAAACCAAGUACCUUCCCUCGACCUCUUAACAUCAAACCAGCCCUGUGACAUGUAUACUAAUGGUUGCAUAACACCUCCUCUUUCUCCCGCAAUGAGCGACAAACAUCAUUCUCUUGGAUCCGGGCUCAUAACCGAUCACAACUCUAAUCAAAAGUAUUGUGAAGAAGUUAUUUUGUCUAAUCGACUUAAUUGCGAAGCACAUGCAACCUGCUCGUAUUGUAAAAUGCAAAUAAUGUUACCUCAGAAGACAUUCAAAUGGAAGUCUCACGAUAAGGAAUGCUACUUACCGUUUUGCAGUUCUAGCUGUUUAGCAAGGUUGAAACGACAGGGACCUAACUGUAUGACGUCAUUUGUUUCUGGUGCUAGUAAUUUUGAUAUUCCGUUUACAAUCACUUCAACAAUCGAAUCUCAGCCGCUUAUCAUCUUUUUAGUUAAAAGUAAUCAUCCUAAACGUAUGAAGCAAUCUUCUAAACGUCUUUCUUCUCAAGAUUUACAAGUUAAUUUCAAAAGAAGUCCUAACGAAACAUCUAAUCGCAUGUUAUUUGGGGUUAGCUCUACGGUGAAACGAUGGCGUAAUAUUCGCUGGCGAAAACUUAUUGGUAGCCCACCGGUAUGCUCAUUCAAUGCUUUGAGAACCUCUUUUGGUUUGCUUAUGUCCCAGAAAAGUUCUCUAUCUAAAAAAAUUUCAUGUAUUGAUACUCGCGUAUGCGAGUUAUGCCAUCAAAUAGGUGAUGGAUCAAAUGAUGUAACCAGUAGAUUGCUUAACUACAAUACCGAUAAAUGGUUACAUCUCAACUGUAUACUUUGGUGUUACGAAACGUAUGAAACAGUUAGUGGCUCGUUAAUGGAUGUGCCUUGUUCUUCAGAAAAGGCCUCGAAAACUCUUUGCACCUAUUGUAAAAAUCUGGGAGCUGGCCUACCUUGUUUUGAUUCAGAUUGCCAAGCCGUAUAUCACCUACCAUGUGCCUAUCAAAUCAAUUGUUCUUUUCACCCUGAUCGAGGAAUGUAUUGUCCGUUACAUCUUAAAAGUGCAAAUAAUAUACCCCACCUUGAUAGCUUAGCUGUUGAAAGAAAAGUUUACAUUUCCAGAGAUGAACAUUCACAGGUCGAAAAAAUCAUAUCAGAUGAAGAUCAUUUCAGUUCAAUGCAAAAUAUUAAGGAACCAAAACUUAAAUUACGUAUAGGGACAUUAAUAUUACAUCGAAUAGGUCAGUUGCUACCUGAACAAUUAGCUAGUGGAGUUUUCCAUACAUCAAAUUUCAUAUAUCCUGUCGGUUACUGGACCUCUCGAAUUUAUUGGUCUUUUCGUCACGUUGGUCAGCGUUGCCGUUAUGAUUGCCGAAUAGAAGAUUCAGUACGACCCGAUGAUGUAAAUCAGUCCCUAGUUGAUCCUAUUUUAGUAAAGUUUACUGUAGAAGUAAUAGAACCAAAUGAAGAAAAAGUCUUCUUUGAAGAUACGACUUGUGAUGGUGUUUGGCAGAAAAUAAUAACUCGUAUAAAUUCGUCACGCAAAUGUUCGUCGUUUUUCCGAAUUUUGCAGGACAAUAUACAAGGUGAGGUGUUAUAUGGUCUUACAGAGCCUCAUAUUAUUCGAGCGAUCGAAUCUUUACCUGGUGUAGAUCGUCUGAGCAAUUACCUUUUCAAAUUCGGUAAACUACAGUUAAUCCAGGAAAUGCCUUUAGCAAUAAAUCCUACAGGAUCUGCUCGAUCUGAACCAAAGCUUCGGACUUAUAUCCGGCGCAAGUCUACUGGAGAUGUUAACACUUAUCCGUAUAUUGCCCACAACCACGUUUUUCUUGAAACUCCUGGUCAUCCUUAUAGUUCAGAUAUCGGAAGUCCCACCUACCUAAGUCCUCUGUCUCCGAGCGUGACCAGCAAAUCUCAACAGUAUCGUCGACUACGUUGGGAUUGGAAAACAAAUGUCGUCUUAGCGCGAUCUCGAAUACAAGGCCUGGGUUUGUAUGCUGCUCGUGAUAUAAGUAAAAGUACCUUCAUUAUUGAGUAUCUGGGAGAGGUCAUUCGUAACGAAGUAGCUAAUCGAAGAGAACGUUUAUAUGAGUCGCAAAAUCGAGGAAUAUACAUGUUUCGAGUCGAUGACGAUUGGAUUGUGGAUGCAACUAUGUCUGGUGGUUUAGCUCGUUAUAUUAAUCAUUCUUGUGACCCUAACUGUACUGCAGAGAUACUCCACUGUGAUAAUUCUAACCACAUAGUGAUAAUUGCUAGUAAGAAUAUCGAAAAAGGUGAUGAAUUGACAUAUGACUAUAAAUUUGACCUAGAAGAAGAUCGUUGGGAUCGUAUUCCAUGUCUUUGUGGUUCAAUUAAUUGUCGAAAAUGGAUGAACUGA